AUGGUGGCGCGAAUCCCGUACCCAAUCACAGUUCCCAAAACCUUCGCCGUCGCUAGUGAAGUGGCAACUAUGGACUUUCUCCGUUCCUAUGGACUGCCUAUUCCUAAGGUGUACGGGUACUCGUCCGCGCCGGACAACGCGGCCGAGACUGAGUAUAUCUUCAUGGAAUACGUGCAUGGCACCAAAUUGAGUGACGUAUGGCUGGACUUAGACGAAGAGGAAAUCGUCUCAGUCAUGCGUGAACUUGCCCAGCUCGAAUCGAGGAUGAUGUCCAUUAUUUUCCCGGCCGGUGGAAGCCUGUACUACACCCAAGACUUGCAGAAGGCAACCGGGAAGCCGGGUAUUCCGCUCGAGGACGGACGUUUCUGCGUUGGUCUGGAUACACGAGUGCCCUUGUGGUAUGGCAGGAGAUCGCAGCUCGACAUAAACCGGGGACCAUACGAAAACCCCGAGGCAGCACUGGUAAGAGGGGCAUACAAGGAACUGGCUUAUCUGGAACGAUUCGGUCAACCGCUGCUUCCAUUCCAGCCUAUGAGGAGGGCCGCGUAUCAGUACCAGGAGCAGUUACCGUCCGAUCACAUGGAAAAUCUGAAGCGCUAUCUCCUCAUCGCACCGUCACUCGUCCCCAAGGAUCCCGCCCUCUGUCAGUUCCGUAUCCGCCAUCCCGACCUCCAGCAGAGUAAUAUCAUCGUUUCAAGGUCCGGACGCAAUUGGCAAAUUGUGGGCCUUUUAGACUGGCAACAUGCAUCAGUUCUGCCGCUGUUUCUCCUUGCCGGCGUACCUGAACGUUUCCAGAACUACGGCGAUCUUGUAUCACACUACAUGGCUACGCCAUCGCUGCCGGAGAAUUUUGACGAGUUGAACGAUUCGGAACAGAGAAGAGCGAAGGAACUCUACCUUCGUCGCCUCAUCCAUUACCAUUACGUUAACAAAACGGAGGAGUUCAACGAACUUCAUUAUGCGGCGCUGACGGACCCCGUGGGCAUGCUUCGCCGCCGCCUCUUCUCGUACGCCAGUGACCCGUGGGAGGGUGAGACUCUGGGGCUAAAAGUUGCGCUAACAGAAGCAACGGAGAACUGGGAGACACUUUCGGGGGGAGGAGCACCGUGUCCAGUCGUAUUCGACGCCGAAGACGUGCGCCAGACGAUGAAGUUGGAUGAAGUCCAGCGAGAAGCGGACGAGACUCUGGAGGGGAUCCGGUACUUGGUCGGCUUCGGGCCGGAGGGCUGGGUGCCCGCCGAACACUAUGUGAAGACUGUUGAACGGACCAGGGAGAUGAAGAAGGAUGCACUGGCCUCAGCCGAGACGGACGCAGAACGAGAUGAGAUCGAGAAGCACUGGCUUUUUGACGACAUGGAUGAAGAAAAAUAUAAUUGA